CUAAAGCGUCUUUUCCAUUGAUCAGAAAACCUCCUCCAGACCGUUUUCCACGCAAGUUCCAGCUGUCUACGCCUUGACGAAUAUUUGUAUUUACGUAGAGCUCUAAAACACAAAGAUCAGUUUGAAUAAUUUGAUUUUGAUCACACAAAGCCGGAGGGUAACUCGACUCAAUUCAUGUUUGAACAAGCCACUUCUGAAUCUCCGUGUCAGGAAAAAAAACAACUGAAACAAUUCUUUAUCUCAAAGGAAUGAUGGUAUUUUCGUAAUACGCUUUAGGUAAGUUUUUCUCUGUGAAAAGUUAGCUGUUAACCUAAUCCUUUUGUCACGUACAUAAGCAUCGUUUGGUGAUAUAUUCUGAAAGAACAAUAACUCUUUCGUUUUAACAUUCGCAAGUACUGUCAAAUGAUUUUAUUGAUCUGAUGCGAUGACUCUGUGAACGUUGACUUUCCAUAGAAUGCUUCCACGAACUACUAAGUACGCCUCUUUUUUUUCUAAUUAGUUCCUUUUACUUUAGGGUGUCUUGAAACAUCUUCCCCUUAAAACGUUUAGAUGUACGAUUACGAUUCUAUCAUAUGCGCUCUUUGAUCGCGGGAAAAGCUUUUCGGAAAACACCCGUUCGUUUAAAAAAUUCAGAAUUGGUUCCUUCUUUCAAUGCCUUGCUUGUGGUAGCGUUUUAUAAUACUUUUUUCAUACAGAUGCAGUGUACACAUCUCGACUUACCCGAGUAGUAUUAAUUUUACACACAAUUUGACAAAAAGUUUGUGUGUUAUCACUCAAGUGUUCAGCAUGAUUCUAAGGACCUGCUCUAAAUAGACCAGUAACUUUUCGAAAGCCUGAAACGACGGGAAUACAAAAGUGUAAUUUUUAAGAGUGUUUUUAAGAUUUUUGUUUUGUUUUUAAAGCGCGAAUAUUACAAAAUUCUCGACUAAACAGAUGGCCAAACUUGUUAUCUAAUAUCCACUUUGUCUCGUUAGAAAUUACUUGUAAAUGGCGACAAAAUGAAGAUUUUUGAACUUGGAAAUGUUCUCACGCGAUAUUGUAGUGAGGAUAUACCCACUGCCGAACAGGAAUAAGUUCGCCAUCUUAACUCCAACGAUGAAAAAUUUAAAUCGAGCAUCUGCCUCGUUGAGUUAAAAUUCUGCAAAUAACAAUAUUUCGUUUCUAAAAUGAAUCAAGAGCGAACAGCUUAGUGCAGCUACUGUUAAGAAAUCAGAACUUUUUUAACGAUCUCGUAUCUCAAACGACUUUGCCUAAAAAAACAGCUUUAAUUUUUAUUGCUAUUUUGCCCAACAUGUGACGUAACAAUGCCUGCUGUAAAAGUACAAUUUGUAAGAUCUCAGUAGGCUGCCUGAUACACAAAACGAAUUUCUUUGUUGUUUUCUUUACUCUGCUUAUAGUUACAAUUUUUUAUAAUUACGCGACUCCCCAACUUUUGAAUAUUUUUGUAACAUAAGCUGAGUUGAGUUGAAUUUAAGAUAGCCACAUUUUGGGAGUCGUUGCUUGGCAACCGUUACGUAAGAUACAGUUGUUUGCAGAGGAGUGGUGAGCUUUUAUGUCGAAUAAAUCCAAAACAGCUCUUAAGUAAACGCGGUAAAUAAAUUAAAGGAGACCGAGAUCGCUGUGUUUGUUUUGCAACAAAUGUAGAUAAACAGAUGCAGAAUAAGCGAAAACUCAUCAAUUCAUGUAACUCGCUUCAUCAACAUGAAAUGAAUAUGAAUACGUCAAAUAUUAAUUUGACGUAUUCAUAUUUCAAUACGAGUGCUUUUAUUUGAAAGCAGAUCGCCUUGUGAAAGAUCAAACUUCACCUGAACCAUGGCAGCCUUUUGAAUUUCUUUUGAAUAGGAAAGUUAAAUUAACACUAAAUAACUUCAAAAAUUUUUUUCUUAAGUUUUCGCGAAAACUAAACAAUGCCCUCUCAAAGUGACAACAAAUAAAAAUCCGCCCAGUAGAUAUCAUCCAAGCGCUGAGUCGUUAAUCGGCGAAUGUUUUACAGAUGAGCCAAUCAAAGGCAUCGGCGUUCUAUCCAGGAGAGCUUUAGUUAUUCAUGAAUUUCGAAUUAGAGAUGUUCUCAAAACAGCUGGCUUUAGCAUAAGAAGCCCGAGCUCAAAAUACGCGAAAAUUUUAAGCGUUUUGGGAAGAUAUGUCUAAAUGAGGCAAUAAUGUCUUUUUCGGGAUAUGUUUAAAACUGAUUUCCACGACUGACUACUUUGGGUAAGAGGAAAUCUUUUAUAGAUAGUGUACAGAGCAUCUGAUCAAGAUACAUGGGCGGUCUUAUUUCCAGGUAACGCUUAUUUCACUGAAGGAGACUGGAAGAUAUAAUCAAGAAACGCCGCGUAUGGUAGAAUAUUGAAUUUUUGGAAUAAACUGUGACAUGCUUUGUUUAUAAGUACCAAAAAAUUGGAUAACAAUUCAAGCAUACUUAAAACUUAGGAUUCUAUUUAAAAGAUAUGCUAUUCGUGUUUCAAGAUGAUAAAUGUAACGAAACCACACGACACUUUUUAAAAAUUGACUUUAUAUCGCCAUUCAAUUGUCUGGUUAAUUCUGUUCCUUUUUUCGCUGAAGCUGACGAAUGAAGUUAAGGAAAAAAUAUUUAUCCAAGAAUUUAAAUGAGGUAACUUUCGGAAUAAAAAAUAAAUUAUUCAACUUUGGCUUAUCAAUAAUUAAACAUUCCCUUAAUUUGAAAAAAGCGUAAGUUUUCCAUAAAUAUAAGCAGAUUCCAAGAAAUAAUUGUGCAAAUCUUGACAGAUGGACUGUAAAUAAUGGACAAAGAUGUCUCCUUCAAGGAAGAGAAAGCUUAUAUUCCUGGUUGACGUAUUGCUGGGAUUUACUUUAUCAAAAGGUAAGGAAACGCCAUAACAAAUCUCAGUAACUAUCGCCAGACUCUCACUUACUAAAUGAGAGCACGGUGCAGGCUUAAGUUACAAAGAGGCUUGAAAUCUGAUUGAAGACGUGUCAACAAUUACCAAUGCGAGAAGCACAGGUUGUCCGAACUCAAUAAACGAAUAACUAAAAUAUGAUGAGAACAAACGAAAUAUUAGGAAAUGGCAUAAUUUAACCAAGGAAAAAUGUCAAAAAUUUCAGUACAUAAACUUCUGCAGCUGACCCCGCCUGUGUCGUGUCUUCCUUUGUGUGGGUUUUUUUGUCAGUUUAGAAUGAUAUGGUGGGUGUUUAUUUCCUGUUUUUUUCAUUAAUUCUCAUCAUAUCGUUUUAAGGAAGUCUUAAGGCAGAGAAACCCAAAAUAAAACUGGAACGGUAAAAUUCGAUAUCAAAACCAUUCAAAGAACCAUACGAUAAAGCAAGGACAAAUCUCUUUUCCAGUUUUUCAAUUAUUUUUCAUGAUACAACCGUUUCCUUGGGUCCGUAUAUUUCUACUGUUACUUAAAAAAGAGAUAAUAAGUUCAGAUACCUAUAUUUCGCGCUUCGACCAACUGUGCUGCAUACUGAAGGUUUUCUGUUAGUUACAUCCUGCCAUAAGAGAACAUAAAGAGUAUGCAAGCUGUAUCAUUUCGUGCACACGUUUAUGGCAUGGUACAUGAAAACUCAAGGUAAUACUGCAGAUACUGCCUCCUCUGACAAGGCAUUAACAAUAGAAACUUCUUUUGCGUUAAAUUUCAAACUGUACCUCCAGGAUAUGGGAUAGAAUGUAUAUUUUUUUCAACUAGAAUGUAACACUGACGAUUUCCAUAAAUGGCGUCUUCGGUGUCCACCUCUUUUAAUCAUUUAUUGCAUAAAAAGUGGGCUCUAUCUUCAAGGCGGAAAUACAGAGAUGCAGGGGUUGAUGCGAACAGCGGGCUCUUUUUGAAUCCCACACACGCAGGGCUGUUUUUCCUCAGCAAUAGACCUCUUUCAAAAAUUAUGGAUAUGGUUGUUGUUGUAUCGUGUGUAUGCAAAUUAGCUACAUGCCUUUAAAAUUUCUUUGUUUUCAAGGAAGUGUUUUGGGAAGCUUGUUGUUAAGGAAUCUAAGAAGCUGAUUAGUAAUUAAAGCUAAGAGGGCCCAUUAAAAGGUUAUAAAAAAAGAUUUACCCUCAUGAUAGAGGUCUAUGUAAACCAUCUUCAAUUUCAUAAUUUCAUCGCUCCAUCGUUAAAACGAUCCAUGUAGUAGCUUCAGCUGCUAACUCAGCGGCCAGGAGUGUGGGCAUGUGACAACGUUGAUAAAACUGAGUGGGGCCCCACAUCUUGCUUUAAUAACAACACAACCACGAAAAUCGUGGUUUUUUUCCAAAAAUAUGUAAUAAAUUUUACACAUAAUUGGGUAAAGUCUGUAUUGGCGAAAGUCUGACGAACUUAAAAGCGCCUUAUGAAUUAUGGGUAACAUUUUUGUAAUAGUUUUGUUUAAAAGCUUUGGGAUAACUUGAUUUUGGAAGUAAUCCAUCGCAGGUUGCCAAGCUUUUCCAUCAUAAAACUACUGGAAUGUUCAGUUAAAGUUGAACAGAUAAGUAGCUUCUGAUGAAUGUCGGCCGGCAUAAGUUUCUACUACAACUUUUGGGCUUAACGUGGUCUUUAAUCUAUUUAUCUUAGGUAUUGCGGCAAGUGAUGCAAAACUCAGUGCCGAAAAGAGACUUCACAAACGGCUUUUUAAUGAGAGCUAUUACAGCGUCGACCUUUUGCCGCGGCAUAACCUCUCUACUACCAUUAACGUCCAGUUUGCACUCGAGCUCAUCAAAAUUGUUGAAGUGGUAAGUGCAUCUUUUAUUUGUGUGAAUAGGGUUAUGAUCAAGGACAACAAGAGGACCAUUAAUUUCGGUGAACCCUUAACAUCAUUAUGCCUAUUCUCCAUACUGUUCUCUACAAACCUCCUUUGAUGCUGACAGUGAGAAUUUGUUUAAUAAUCAAAAGCUUCUUUACUUGGUGAUCGUUUCGUUCAUUCUCGUGACCUUAAUGCGUAACUCAGGGGUGAUAUGGUAAGGAGAAAUUAGCUGCUAAUCACUUCAAGGGUUUAAGGGGUUAAUUUUACAAGGGGUUCCUUUUGACCUUUCACUCCUAGGAGCAAUCAAUAAGUAGUUUCUCCUUUUAAUAUCCAUGCCUGAUUUAAAGCUGAAAAGUAAUUAAAAAAAGGAAAAUAUCAACCAGGAGAUAAAGCCUACUUUGAUAUCAAAUUCUAGGGAAACAUAUUGCUGUCUGCUGGGAGAAAAGGCCAUUUCCGAAUUUCCCUUAGCCUCGUUUUCAAAGCGAGUCCUGGAGCUUAUCAUUUCAUAUGAUCAUUUAAGUGCAAUUUGCAAUCAUUUUCAUACGAAUGGCCGAAGACCAGGCCUCGUUUUAAAAAAGAGCGCUAGCCUUAAGAUCUUUUGGAAAUGACCUAUUGAUACUUAGAUCGCGGGAAUGAAAGAAUUUACAUGAUAAAGGAAAUAACUGAGGCUUAGACACAAACCAUUUUUCUGGGACCUUCAUAGCUUCCUUCUAAGUGAGUUAAGUUAAAAAUUUUGGUUUGCUUAGAUAAAAAACAAUCCAAAGAGGAGAAGGGACUAAGGUUGGAAAAUCUUAAAUUAUGAAAAAUUGUGGUGGGAGUGCAAGUCAUAAAGUCGCACGUAGUCACGUAACCUCUCGCUGAGUGACCUCGCCCCCUCUGCCUUCGACAAAAAGACGUUCCUCUCUUUUAUGCUUGUGCUUAAAACUGCUGCCGCUAUUGAUAAAACUUUGUGACAUAUCUCUCUGAUAUUUUCUUGUUCCUCUACAGAACGCUAAAGAGCAAUCAAUGACAGUGUAUGGUUGGGUUAGACAGGUCAGUUUUAUUUAAAGCCUCGAGUAAUUUUGAAUCGGCUAACAGAGCUAUUUUCAAUUGAGUGUCAAAAAUAAUUCGAGAUGGCGUUGGUUUCGCUUUACGUCAGUGUGUGAUUGGUCUAGAAAACUCGCACCGCCAUCUAGACCAAUCAGAUGCAUAAAUGAAACCAAUCGUGACUUGGUUUUCCGCGUUUUCCCGCGCUUUGGGCAGUUUGGUUGUUUUUACUUUGAAAGGUAUUUCCUUUCUUCUGUUUGGCCGUUUCUAUUGGUUUUACGACACCCUAUUGUAAAACGCCCUAUUCGCAUUCGCUGUUAGCUUUAAUAUUAACGGAUUUAAGCACGUAAAAACUGAAAUUCCUCACUAAACUGAGAGUGAUUUUAAGUUUGCAUCUGAUUGACUUAGUAAACGAAUAGAAAUACUGUCUAUACUGACUUGAAAAUAAUUCAGAUAGAGACGCAUAAAGAUACCGACUGCAUUGCUGAAAAAGCAAGACACUUUUCAAAAGGAUCUAGUUUUGGUAAAGAAGUAAAAAUUUCAGUAGACGGGCGGUUUUUCUUUUUAUUAUUAAAAAUAAAAUGCUGUUCGUCAUUUUUGAGAUGUAUGUAUGAAAUCACAUGAGCGUGGUUCCAUUUCGGAAAUUAAGUUAUGAGUUUCAAGGUGAAUUUAAUGAACUCAUAAAUGAUGAACAAAAUGUGGCUUUUUUGUGUUCUUAAGAAAUGGGAGAACCCUUCCUUGCGGUGGAACAAGUCUGAAUUUGACGGAAUAGACAGAAUUUUUGUGGAGCCAAAGAGGGUCUGGGUCCCGGAUAUUCUUCUUUAUAACAAGUAAGUUGUUAAUCAUGUGGUGAGAUCAGGUUUGCUCAAUUUGUAAGAUGCAGGACCUGGUAACAGGACAGUGGCCGCUAUAAUAGUCAUCUCUUAUUUAAGGAUCGGUUACCAUUUGUCGCCUGAGGAAGGUGGGGUUAAGUCACGAUAAAAUUUACUUGAUCCCCCUAUCUGUCUAUUUUAUAUUCCCCCCCCCCCCAUGUAUUCAGUGGAUGAUUUGACAUAGACUGACACCCCUCCGUUUCCCCUGAAAACCAUGUGACCCCCUCCAAAAAAAAAUCCUCCACCCUCCUCCCCCUUCAGGCGGUAAAAAAAUGACUGGCCCUAAGAUGAUGGAUCUAUCCAUAAUAAAACCUUCUGAGAAUUAAAGUUUGAUCCCUAUUUUUUUUCUAAGGAUAUUCGAGUUAUUGGGCUCGUUUUUGAGCUUUUAGCAUAUUUAGCCAAAGUAUAAUAUAUUUUGUAGAUGACUGGACGUGGAAUUGAUAUAAAAAUUCUGAUUAUUUUGUCAUCAACUGAACAGAAUAGUUCUUCAAGUGAUUCCUCAUUCGCAUCCGUACUGCGCAUAACAAAUCACAUAAUCAGGCGCACGCGUGCGCCUUUUCCAAGAGCACGGUAUUGUUUUUCGAUCAAUGACGAGAUAAACAGGUACAGUGGUAUUUUGUUGUUGAACGAACGAGGUGAUCUAUGAUUUUUAUGUUUGGUGUACAAAUCAUCCCCUUUCAUUUGGAGAAAUUAGAAAAAUUUAUCGCAAGGAGAAAAAACAUAGCUACAAGCGUGCACGAAGGCCGUCGCACGAGGAUGCGAAUUGUGACCUCGAAAGCAACGACUCGAUUCUACACAUCAUAUAUUACAUUGUUCUAUUCUCAAAAGACUCUCUACCCAUCCAUUAUUUUUCCAAGUUUUGCUUUUAAGAACACUUGCCUUCAACUACCGCAAAAUGUAUUGUGAAUCGAUGAAAUGACGCACGUGAUUAGUGCCAGUACAGGCGUAAAUUGGAUAAGAUUAAUAUUGGCCCCACCAUAUUUCUUGGACAAGCACGAUGAUCUAUUUUUUCUUUUUUUUACUGCAGUUUUUGGAAAAAGACAUUGGAAGGGAACAUGAAAGGAACCUUAAGAUUAAUAGAAAUGAUGAUAACGCAAGCUGUUUUCCUACGCUGUCUUAACAACUUUUCUGUUUAUUUCCUUGUAGCAAAGACGAGCAAGAUCACUUUGGCGGUGGAAGGACUAGCUAUCGGAGCGGUAUCACUCUCUUCUUCAAUGGCACCAACGUGUGGUUCAACCCAAUGAUAUUCAACGUCCUUUGCAGAGUAAAAGUAACGUAUUUUCCAUUUGAUAAUCAAACAUGUAAACUCAAGUUCGGUUCCUGGAUGCACGACGCCACUACCUUUGACAUAACCCCCAUAAAAAAUUUGACAUUUCCAACCAAGCAUUACCAAGAAAAUGGAGAAUGGGAAAUUUAUAAGGUGAAGAUGAAGCGAAACAUAGAGCACUACCAAUGUUGUAAAGAGCCCUUCGUUGACAUUACGGUGACGAUCGAAAUGGGAAGGGAGAGCAUGGACUAUUUCAUUAAUUACAUUGUUCCCUGCUGUCUAAUUUCCUCCAUGAUUUUUCUUGGUUUUAUUUUGCCACCUGAAUCGGGAGAACGGAUCGGUUUAAGCAUUACCGUGUUGUUGGCAAUGACUGUGUUCCAGCAACUUACCUCAGAGAUCAUGCCAUCUUAUGACUUUCCCAUCCUGGGUCAGUAUUACUUUGCUAUUAUCUUGGAGAUCGGUGCCUCGGUUGUGGUGACCACGACGAUUUUGAACUUUUAUCACCGGACGAAUCGUAGGAUGCCAAGAUGGAUGAGAACACUUGUCAUAGAGUGGAUGGCAACCAUAGUGUUCCUGAGGGAUACUCCGGAGAAAAGAAAAAUCCAGCGGCGAAAAUCCAGCAGAAGAAGCCGAAGACGAAAACAGCAAAGCAUUAUUAACGACGUUUGCAAAAGAUCCUUCAAAAAGAAACAAGAGGAAAUGAAAGACCAGCACAACCAGGGAUUUAACGUAACAUUUGGUGACACCAUUUAUUGUGGUCCGUCCAAUACCGAGUCCUUAGGUGCAGAAAUGGAAAAUCUCGGAAUCCAGCUCAAUUAUGGUGUAAACACAUAUCCUUUCAAGAGCUCUAAUGAAACGCUGGACGAUCAGCUCAAGAAAAAAGAGGAAGCACGUCCUUACAUGGAUGACAAUGAAGCCUUAAGCGAAGACGAGUUGGCCAUACGUCACUGGGAGUGGACUCUUGUCGCAAGGAUUCUGGAUCGGUUCUUCCUUGUGAUAGCAGUAAUUUGUGGUAUAGUAACAGUUGCUGCGAUAUUUUUGCGCGCACCGAAGUUAUGGUCUGAUUUUAAGAUGCUAUCAAUCGAUAACCCUGAACCGUUGGUCGACGAAUAGAACUCAUUCAACUGCUUCGUAAAUGACAUGCGCUUUAGCCAGUACGAUUAAAAUAAACAUUAGAUCUGUUUUGACUUAGGCAUAGAGUAAAAGUGGUCUCGCGGCCAGGUGGAUGUGUUACCUGCCCAAAUUAAGGCAAAGAAUCCUAGUAUCAUGACUGCUAGCCCUAAUAAUAUGGGCAAUACGUUCAAAUCUUAUGGAAAUAGAAUAGCUGUAUACUGAUCACCCUGAAAGACUAUUCUCACGGACUGUUGGCGUCGGGACAAUUAGUUAAGUAAAUGCUUGGUAGCGAGUUUUUGGGAAAGGUUACCAAACAAGGCGUGGUAGAUACGGCAAGCGUCAACAUUUCGACAAAGCGAGUCUUUUUGCGCACCCCCUGUAGGAGGGUAUCAAUACGGUUAACCGUCAGCCGUAAACCGGCCAAAUAAUUCAGCCAUUAACCAUAAGAAUUGACAAAGUUUAACCGUUCGUCGUAAAAAAAUUAUAACCGUAAAAAAUUUAUCUGAUGACUUCUUUGGAAAGAUAUUAACCGUUAGCCGUAAAUUGGCCAAAGGUUUAGCCGUUAGCCGUAAAAGCCUCACCCCAUGAGACCAUCUCCCACCCCGGUACUUUACAUAGUCUUACUUAAUCAGUUUGUAUCGAAUUUGGGCUGCUGUGGCGAACUUGACCCAAAUUUUGGCCAAUAAGCGAACUAAAUAGUGACUUUACUUUGUUAAGACUGUACUUGCACAAUGAAGCCUUAAAGUGUGGAAAAACAGCGCAAGCACAAUGCUAUAAAGAUUUGACUAGGCGAGACCAUCAAGAAGAAUGGCAAAUAGGUAAAAAAGCGUUGAUGAAAAUUUAAGCAACAUUUUUAGUUAUAUGGUAGUAUCCAACAAGAUUUACAAACAUCUAUCAAAAUAUCAUACUGAAUGUAAUAAUUGCAUAAUGCCUGUAAUGCUUUCAAUCUCCUGAUAUGAUCUACUGAGAGCAACAAUAGUUGCUUUUAUACAAUGAGCUGAAUUAUACAGGAAUUUUUUUUGGUUCGUACUUAUGAUCUAGAGGAAGACAGACGCAUAGAUAGCGUCACCAUGGACAAUAAUUUGCCCGCAAUAAUACAAAAAACAAAUAGAUCCUAUGUUUCCGUGUGUCUUUUAAGGAAUAGAUUACAGCA